AUCAUCAAUCAAAUAACUUUUGCACCUGUCGAUGUCAGGUGUUGUUUUACAGGCUUACGCUCUCUAAAUUUUUCUCAUUGUAAGGGGAACAAUGGAGUUUAUUCAGUUUACGUUCGUGCUCGUGGCGGCUUUAUGUGCCAUAUAUUAUAGCGGACAAGGGCCUGUUAUUAUGAGGAAACUGAACGAGCUUGUGACGGGCAAGAAGGGCUGUUCCCCGGUCGCCGACCUGGACUUCGUCACGCUUCACUACUUUGCCGGGCGUGGCCGGGGCGAGGCCAUUCGCAUGAUGCUUGAGGAGGCGGGAAUACCGUACAACGAGACGCUCUUCACCAAAGAGACCUGGCCCAAGGCGAAGAAGGAAGGCAUCGAAUCUGGGCUGUUCACCUUCGGCCAAGCUCCAGCCAUUUCGACGCCAUCUGGUCUGCACAUGGUCCAGAGCCAAGCGAUCGCUCACUACAUCGGCCGAGCGACCGGGAUGGAAUGCGACUGCGAGCAGCUCAGCCACUGCGAGGUCGUCGCCCUGGGAACAGAGGAUUUCCGCAGCAAACUGAGUAAGAUUAUCUACGACCCGGACUUCUCAGUGCAGAUGAGAGACGAGUAUAUAAAGACCACCGCCCCGAUGUGGCUGGAGCAUUUCGAGAGAAUUGCUCCCAGUAUUCAGGCCGAGGACGUGGCAUAUUUUGGCGGGAGCCACAUCACCUGGGUCGAUUUCCUCGUCUUGGACGUGCUGGACGCGAACGUGGAGUUUGCCCAGGUGGAUAUGGGGCGCCCUCUCGUGGCCAUCCUGGACAAGUACCCCAAGCUGCAGUCGUUCUAUAAUCAAUUCCGUGUCCGGCCGAAGAUCGUAGCGUAUUUGAACAGCGACCGGCGCAUGCCAUACAAACUGCCCAAAAUGCCGGCGGUACAUAAACAAGAAUCUGCCUAGAUGUUGCAGCAUAAAAGAUUUACUACAAAAAUAAUUUGAAAGAAUAAGAACAUUUAUCAUUGUUUUUUUCCCUACUUUGUGCAUGUUUUAUUCAUGUGGUCUGUGAUUUUAUUUAAACCAGUUUGAAAGGGUGUUACUUUUGAAGUACUUUUUUUCCACUUUGCUGGAACAGCAGAUUUGCAAUAUAAUAAGUGCCUUUUUGUGUAUUAAGCUAACAAUUUAUUCUUAAACAAAAGUUUGGACUACUGAUCAAGGUUGAACCAUUAGCACCUGUUCUACUUUGCAUUACAUUGUGUUUAUUCACUGACGAACCCAUCAGACCAUAGAGUGCUUGGGCAGUUUUGGGCGCUACAGGCAGGGCUGGAUUAAGUGUUCCGUAGGCCCUAGGCAUGAGUUCCAUAGACCCUACUCCGCCCAAGGCACCAGUACCAAUUUCGUAGCGCUGGUGAGCGCUUGUUGGCACUGAAGCCUCGCAUUUUAUGUUGCUGCCAAGUUUUCCUCAACCGAAAAUUCAUAGAGAAACGCUAAAACUUAUGGCACACUGUGGUGUUUUUGUAGGCCCUCAAAUUUUGUGCAGGCCCUAGGCACAGUGCCUACUGUUCCUAUUAAAUAAUCUGGGCCUGACUACAGGGAGUAAUAGGCAGUGCGGUUUGGGCGGUACAG